AUGAGAUUGGUUGGAAAGCCCAACAGCAUUGUUACCGAGCAGACCAUCAUUGAAUAUGUCACUGAUGACAUCAAAAAAGACUCAAUGUCAAACUUCUCCAAGUUGUUUGAUUCAAGAGAUACUGUUCCACUUCCACUCAUCAUGUUGUUCUUCACUCAUCUUACCGACUUGGUCAACAUGGGCAUGGACAUUCACAAUGAUCAAUCACCAUCGUCAUCAUUAUCCUGGGACUCUGAACAUUUCCACUCGAUCAUUAUUGGCAUCAUUUUGAGAGGUGACUUGGAAUCAAUCGACUACAUCUUUCAACUUGGAUUGAAGCACAACAAGAAUUAUAGGAUCAAUGAUAUCAAGAACCAAUUGGAUGAUUGUGAUGCUCCAACGCUCUCUCAUCUCCUGGACAAAGGAUACAUCAGUUUGGACGAUUAUGAAAUCACUUACACUCUCACUAGUUUGAUCAACUCGGCAUUCAGAGAAGGUCGCCUGGAAAUCAUCAAACUCAUUCACAGUCGAUGCACCACUCCAUCACAACUAUCAAAGUAUCUUCCAUCCUCCAGUGCCAUAUAUGAGGCAUCGCAUAAUAAUAAUCACAAGAUACUCAGCUAUCUAUUCGAAGGAGUAGAUGACCCUAUGGGUCCUCCAUCAGUCUUCAAGAGGGCCUACUCCAAGAGGAACACGACAACAUUGCUCAAAGCAGUUAGACAUCACUCCAUAGUCGAAUAUGGUAAUCUUAAGAUCAUUGAUAUGUGCAAUCGACUAUUGAUUGAUUGA